UAAUACCUAUACUCCUUUAUGGAGAACCGGGACUUAGGCAGCUGAGAAUCAGGGAAGUGCUUUAAUGUAGCAACAAAAGAAUUGUUUCGUUCGUAAAAUCUUCUCCUUCAUCACCAUGCAGUAUGUGGACUUGAGCAGGAUUCCUAAAGCACGCCCUCUGCACUAGGGCAACACUUCAGCUUGCCUGGCCGUCCAGUAAAAAUUAGCAGGAGGACGGUUUCCAGCUGCCUCUGCAGAUAUUCAGAGGUGGAGACAGAGCAAGAGUAGGAGUAUGAGAAUUAAUAGCAGUAUGAGAAGUAGCGGUACAAGAAGUACUAGAUCAUCGAUGAUCUCAUCGAAAGAAAUGGUCACGCGUCUGGCUUGUGGCGUGUGUCUGAUGACGAUCGCCAUGUUGACUUGUGGAGACCUCGCUUCUGAUGAGAAUUGUGCAGACCUGGAGUUUGAAGGUUUCACAAAUGGAGACACUGUCCGCUUAGAACAGUACUCUCACAUCAACGUGACCUUUCACCUCGACACCUCAAAGUGCCCGGACUCUGUAGACUCAUUCUUCAUGAAAGUGUCAUCGAAGGAGCAUAGCUUCGCGACUGCAUCAUCAUCAUAAACAAACAGAACUGCAGUAUCGCUGAUGAGUUUAACUGUCAGUGCCUAUCAGACCCUGCAGGCUGGGUCCGCAUGUCCAGGCACCUCAACGUGUCCGGCCAGGUGCCGAUCGUCUGGAGGUGGAGUGAACGGGGGUCAAAGAAAGGCCAGGGUAACGCCAGCCUCGUGUUCGACGUCUUUGAAAAGAAAACUGUCUUCCAAUGGGAUGGUAAGUGCUACAAAUUUAAUUAAAUGAUUAACACAAAGACUGUAUAUAGUUACAGAAUGAUUGAUUAUCUAAAGUGAAAAUUGUGUGCAAAUAUAUAAAUGUUAAUGUUUGAAAAUGUAUUUGUGAGGAUGAGUGUCUGAAUGUGUGUUUGAGGGACAGAAAGGGUAAAAGAGAAUAAAUUAAUCAUUAUAUAAAAUGGAUGUAUAAAAAAAAUUAAAUUACAUUAUUUUUGUUUAAAGAUCAGGGAACUAGUCCAACUACGCUAAAUGAAAAAUGUUGGUUUCAAUUCUGUGUUCUACGUGUGCGAGAGAUGGAAAUUUAGAACUUUUCACUUUUUGAACUGGUCAACUCGUCGACCCCACAAUUACUUGUUGUAUGCAGUUGGAUACAGAACCUUUGUAAACACGAAACCUUAAAGAUUUACCCAGCUGGUCUUAGUUAUAAACAGAUUCUGGUAGGUAAAUAUAACAUAGUAUAAAUUUUGUUAAUUUCCGCGCCCAAAAAAAUAGCCGUUUAUUUAUCGUCUAAUUUCACAAUCAGUGAUUUACACCCAUAGCGAGACCUGCGAAAUCCCGUACACGCGCGCGAAUAACGUGUGACGUCACAACCGGUGCGUCCAUGCUGUCUCGGUAAGCAUGUAACGGCCAGACAGGAGCAAUACAUCAGGUUAAUCAGAUGAUCUUCAUCUGUCGUGAAACGCCGUUCUUUAGCCUCGAGCCUGAAGAUUGCGGAGGUUAAAAACACUUUAUGCUCCGGCAGCAGACGACAUUUUACUUCACAACAUCACAUGGUAAGUAUCGUUGAUGCCUGAUUACUAUUUCUGUUUGUCCGCUUACUGACUGUUACAAAACCCUUAAGUUUACAUCUGUGAUAGCGACCUUAGUGUCAGGCGGUAUACCCAAGGUCGACACUGUCAGAAUAAUCUCCCCUUGGCUCCUUUGCACUAUAACUGGUGUAUCUGAUCUUCAGAAGCCCAACAUCUGAUUAACCCUUCUUCCUCUAAGUGGCAUGAGCUCUGGCGUGCUCUGAGCAGGCCUCGAGAUAAAGAAACGAAAGUAUGGCAUUGCUCUCGUUAAAAGUCCUCUUCCGAACUGUCUUCCACUCAGAGACACUGGUUUAAACUUUAAUAAGAAACUCAUCCGGUGGGAGGAUGAAAAGAGUUCUGGUAGAUGUGACGCGAUUGCACUAGUUUGAGGCAACGAUUUAACAAAAAAAGACUGUAGCAUAAAUCUCUCGAUUUAUAAAUACUUCAACCGACCAAUUUGUUAUUAAAUUCAACUCAAGUCCUUAUUUUUUAGGCAAAGAAUAAAAACCUCAAGCAGGAAGAUCAUUUAAGUCAAACAACAACACAUAUCUACAGUUUCUUUUUUUUACUCUGAAAUAUAUUUUGUCAUAUUGGUACCAUCUUCAUCGUGUCAUUACAAUGGAAUCGCUAUGUCAUUCAUUUCUCCAAAAAAAUUAUAAAAUUAUUCAGCAAAUCAAAAUGAGUGAUAAAACUAAUCAAGGGUAUUAAUUGAAAAUUAAUUCAAAAGCAGGAAGUUGUUAACCAAAGACCAUAUUCUUCCUUGUUCUUGACUCUCCCAGUGCUAAAUCAUGGAAGUAAUACGAAAUCUCUUCCUUCGGGUCAAAGUUCAUUUCCAAUGAGAACUCGCUUCCUUUACUUGUGGCGAUUCGACUUCAAAACAGCGGGCCAUAAAUCUUGUGUUUCUUGAAUACUCUACGUGCAUCUUCGCCAGGAUCUAUUGUACUUACCACUAUUAUCGAUAACAUCAUCGAUGUAAUGAGCAUCCUUGUGCAUUGUUACACGUGUCUUCUGCUGGUCGCCAUGGUGACGCAAAGCGUCUUUGGUUCAAAUGAGAUGUGUACAGUCAUAGAGUUUCAUGAAUUCAGCGAUGGAGAUAUUGUCAAAGUUCAACAGAAUAGUUUCUUUGACGCCACCUUUUACCUCAACGCGUCAAAGUGCAGGCAUUCUCCGGACUUUUUCCGGGUCAAAGUGCUCUAUUCCCAAGAGAAUUUUUCUGUGGACGUCUGCAAUGUCAUCUUUCAACAUCACAUCUGUCACAUCACGGACAUGUCUUCAUUUUGUUUUUGUAAGAACGACUCAAAGAAGUCAGUCCGACUGUACAGAGAGUUCAAAGUGUCCGGCAAUGUUUCUUAUAUCUGGAAACUGAGCGAAUCACCCUACGGCCAUGUGCAGAAAAAGGCGCAAAUCACAUUUGAUGUAGUAACCCUCAAAAAGAAAAAACAACUGCUGCUCUUCAAAAGGCUGGAAGCUCUUAUAAAGAAGAAACAACUACUGUCAUUCAACCAACUGAUGCCCGCGCAUCUUAACUGCCUUGAGUCUGAUCCGGAGGAGGAAACUUCAUGCGAUUGACAACAGACCUGUCUUUAUAUUUUCCAUGAAUAAAUGUAUUAUCCUCAUUUUGUCCCCGUCUCGCAGUUCUUUUGUCGGGAGGUAUACGUUUAUCUUAUAGUGUGGCUGUCUCUUCUGCAUUAGGGGGAUGUGCACGAUUUAACCGUCUUGUCCUCUUUACAUUAGUAUGGCUGGUCAGACCUUUGCAGCUUACUCAAUCCAUCACAGCUGUCAAAUCUUUUCCAACAGAUCCCUUGCUUUACCAAGAACCAGUUUUAAUGGUAUAUGUCCCACUUAACGCAAUGCAAAAUAAUCUCAAAUAUUAUGUUAUAAAAUUAUCCAAUAAACAGUAUUCUGCACACAGAAUCUCAGUUAAUAUCAUCAAAAAUUAACCUUUCACUAAAACAGCUUCGCGACCAAAUAUAAGCACACUGCAUUAUGUGCAAACAUGUAACUACACAUUCAUACACAUACAAUUUCAGAUAUUCAAUUUUCUGCUAUAUUACACAUUAUUUAUAGUCUGCACUAAAACAUGUUUCUAAACAACGUUCUUAUCAGUGUAGACAACGCAACACCAUUGUUUUUCAAAAUAUUUCUAAUACAUACACAAAUUUAGACACGAAAAAAAUAUUUCCACUACGCACCUCUAGUCAGUGACUCUUGUCCCGUAAAUUGUAAACAUCCUCGGAUAAACCUGAUUAAGCUUCGUUAUUUAUCGCAGUAUGCGAGAUCAGUAUCUGGACACGCUUAUGUUUUGUGUGUAUGUUUUGUUCUGCUUAUGAAGAGAAGAAUAUAAAAAAUAAUAAUUCAGAAAAAAUUUAAAUAGAAAAUAAAGAGUACAGCUAAGCCAGAAGAACCUGUUUUCUUGGGAAGACCUUGAUAUAAUUAUAAUACAAUCAAACAGGAAGCUUACUACCGAUGUUUUGUUGUUUGUAAAGUGAAAGAACACGUGGCAAGAUAGACAAUGUGUAUGCUUGUAUGGUGUGUGCUUUUUGGGUAUGACACUACGCAAGAGAUGUGAUCUAGUGAUCAUUACAUAUCGACAACUUACCGAGAGGUGUGCAAGCCCGUUAGAUAUAGAAUGUGCAUCAAUUGUUCGGGAACACUCACUCCCUUACUCAUCCACCCACCGACUCACACUCACUUGCAUAACCCAUAGUAAUUGACUACUAUGAAGGCAUAAUUAUGAGCAUAUUCUAUGUUAUUGAAUACAACUCUGUAGAAGUGCUACACACAUCAAACACAUCAUCUACACUUGUUACAGAGGCUUCCCGUCUUUUCUCAGGUUUCUUAGCCGGCGGUAAAAAUGGCAAUUGUCAUGUGACACAGGCAGCACAGCAGACAGUUCAUCAUUACCUAAAGUAUUACUUACAUUAUGCACAAUCGGGUGAAAUAAACCUCUUGUUAGAACGAAAGAUGUAAAAGCAGCAGAAGACUCCAACUUUACAGGCAGCUCACCGAAAUUCUUCUCCCGCAAGGGUGUGGCAACCGGCCGGAUGUCUACUAUUCAAAUUUGCGAUACGGACGAGAGUAACUAUUUCGUUGGUGAUGU